CCUUGGUCUCUAAUGUGUCUCUCAGAUUCUCAAAAUGCACUCAGAAAUCUGCGAAGAGUUUUGCUCCGCGUACGUGUUUUCAUUGUAUGUAAAAAUCAUUACUCCAAUCAGAUAGAAUAUAGACCAAUAAGAUCGGUGCUGGUGGCCAACCGUGGUGAGAUUGCUAUACGGGUAUUUCGAGCAUGCUCUGAGUUGGGUAUCAAGUCGGUAGCCGUCUAUUCGGAGCAGGACAAAAUGCACAUGCAUCGCCAGAAAGCCGACGAAUCGUAUAUGGUCGGCAAGGGACUUUCUCCUGUGGAGGCCUAUCUAAGCAUUCCAGAGAUCAUUCGCGUGUGCAAGGAGAACGACAUUGAUGCAGUGCACCCGGGAUACGGAUUCUUGUCUGAACGCAGUGAUUUUGCAGAAGCAGUCAUCGAUGCCGGAAUUCAAUUUAUCGGGCCAAGUCCAGAUGUGAUUAAGACAAUGGGUAACAAGGUAGCUGCGCGCAUUGCGGCUGCUGAGGCAGAUGUGAUGAUUCUACCGGGUACAGACGGACCAGUAACAUCCAAAGAAGAAGCUGUAGCCUUCUGCAAAGAACACGGUCUCCCAGUGAUAUUCAAGGCUGCGUACGGCGGAGGAGGUCGUGGCAUGCGGGAGGUUUGGAAAAUGGAGGAGGUUGAAGAGAGUUUCGAACGUGCGACCUCUGAGGCUAAAGCGGCAUUUGGCAACGGAGAUGUAUUUAUCGAAAAAUUUUUGGAACGACCUCGCCACAUCGAAGUCCAACUUCUAGGUGACAAGGCCGGAAAUGUUGUACACGUAUUCGAACGUGAUUGCUCCGUGCAGCGUCGUCACCAAAAGGUUGUCGAGAUCGCACCUGCUCCACGGUUGCCCAUCGAAAUUAGAGAUAAGAUGACUGAGGCGGCUGUACGUCUAGCCAGACACGUGGGAUACGAGAACGCAGGCACUGUGGAGUUCUUGUGUGAUGAAUCCGGAAACUUCUACUUCAUCGAAGUGAACGCCAGGUUACAGGUGGAGCACACAGUCACGGAAGAAAUCACGGGCAUCGAUCUGGUUCAGUCUCAAAUACGCAUUGCCGAGGGAAUGUCGCUAGAAGAUCUCGGUCUCACCCAGGAAAAAAUAGUUACCCGAGGAUUUGCCAUCCAGUGUCGGGUGACGGCCGAGGAUCCCGCCAAUGACUUUCAGCCCACCACGGGCCGCAUUGAAAUAUUCCGCUCCGGAGAGGGCAUGGGCAUCCGUCUGGACAGUGCCUCCACUUUCGCUGGUGCCAUCAUAUCGCCGUACUACGACUCGCUGUUGGUCAAGGUGAUUGCCCACGGCAAUGACAUGCCGAACACAGCUGCCAAGGCGCAACGAUCCUUGCGAGAGUUCUACAUUCGUGGUGUCAAGACAAAUAUUCCAUUUCUUCUAAAUGUGCUUGGGAACGAUCGAUUCUUGAACGGUGUACUCGACACUCGGUUCAUAGACGAGCACCCAGAGCUUUUCAAGUUCACUCUAUCCUCAAGUUACGGCCAGCAACUACUUACCUACAUAGGCGAGGUAUUGGUCAAUGGACCACAAACUCCAUUGGGAACCACACUAAAGCCGGCCGAGGUCAAUCCAGUUGUACCCGCAGUUCCUUCGUUGACGGAACCACCGGAGGGUUUACGCGAUAUUAUUACGUGUGUGGGUCCCGAAGCGUUUGCAAAGGAAGUGCGCUCCAGAAAGAACCUAAUGCUGAUGGACACCACAUUCCGAGACGCCCAUCAGUCAUUGAUGGCGACGCGUGUUCGUACCCACGAUCUGCUAAAGAUAUCGCCAUAUGUGGCGCACAAGUUCAACAAUCUCUACUCCCUGGAGAACUGGGGAGGAGCUACAUUUGAUGUGGCCCUACGAUUCCUGCACGAGUGCCCAUGGGAACGCCUGGAGGAGAUGCGGAAGCGCAUUCCGAAUAUACCAUUCCAAAUGUUACUGCGCGGUGCCAAUGCCGUCGGUUACACCAGCUACCCAGACAAUGUGGUCUACAAAUUCUGUGAACUCGCGGUAAAAACUGGCAUGGAUAUUUUCCGAAUCUUUGACUCUCUUAACUACCUGCCGAAUUUGUUCAUUGGCAUGGAGGCGGCGGGAAAGGCGGGCGGAGUUGUGGAGGCUGCCAUCUCGUACACAGGAGACGUGAGUGAUCCCAAGCGCACCAAGUACGAUCUAAAGUACUAUACUAACUUGGCUGAUGAGCUUGUCAAGGCCGGAACACAUGUCCUGUGCAUCAAGGAUAUGGCGGGUCUAUUGAAACCCGAAGCAGCGAGGUUGCUUAUCACUGCCAUCCGGGACAAACAUCCGGAUGUGCCAAUUCAUGUUCAUACUCAUGACACUUCUGGAGCAGGUGUCGCAAGUAUGUUGGCUGCUGCCCAAGCCGGAGCAGAUAUUGUCGACGUGGCUGUGGAUUCCAUGUCGGGAAUGACCUCGCAACCCAGUAUGGGAGCUGUGGUUGCGUCGUUGCAGGGAACUCCCUUGGACACCGAAUUCAAGUUAAGCGACAUUUCUGCAUAUUCGGCGUAUUGGGAGCAGACCCGUACCCUUUACGGACCCUUUGAAUGCACCACAACGAUGCGUUCGGGCAAUGCGGAUGUCUAUAUGAAUGAGAUACCCGGAGGGCAGUAUACCAAUCUGCAAUUCCAGGCCUUCUCGCUGGGUCUGGGAGACAUGUUCGAGGAGGUGAAGAAGGCCUAUCAGGAAGCCAACUUCAUAUUGGGGGACAUUAUUAAGGUGACGCCAUCGUCCAAGGUGGUUGGUGACUUGGCACAGUUCAUGGUACAGAAUCAUCUGAGUGGGGAUCAGGUUGUGGAAAAAGCUGCAGAGUUAUCGUUUCCCAAAUCGGUAGUCGAGUAUUUCCAGGGUUAUAUUGGUAUACCGUACGGCGGAUUUCCAGAACCACUGCGGUCAAAUGUGCUGAAGGACCUGGACCGAAUCGAGGAACGGCCAGGUGCCAAGCUGGAGCCAAUGGAUCUCGAGAAGCUGAAGGCUGAACUGAGCAAAUUUCAUGCCAACGUCUCUGAGAGAGAUGUCGUAUCGGCAGCUCUUUAUCCUCAGGUGACUAACGAAUUCCUGCACUACCGGGAGAAAUACGGUCCAGUCGACAAGCUGGAUACACGUAUAUUCCUUACGGGUCCAAAGGUGGGUGAAGAAUUCGAUGUGACCCUGGAACGGGGCAACACUUUGAGCAUUGUGGCACUGGCCACAGCUGCCGAUCUCAAGCCGAAUGGAAAUCGCGAGGUCUUUUUUGAAUUAAAUGGUCAGCUCAACUCGGUCUAUAUUCCAGAUAUGGAAGCAAUGAAGGAAAUUCAUGUGCAUCCCAAGGCCAACAAGUCGGUGCCUGGAGAAGUGGGUGCUCCGAUGCCGGGAAAUGUCAUCGACAUUCGUGUUAAAGAAGGCGACAAGGUAGUGAAGGGUCAGCCCCUCGUAGUGCUCUCAGCAAUGAAGAUGGAAAUGCUGGUACAGUCGCCACUAUCCGGAGUUGUCAAGAAGUUGGAAAUCACAAAGGGCAUGAAGCUAGAUGGCGAUGAUCUAAUCAUGAUUAUUGAAUAAAUUAUUGGUACAUUUUAGAUAAGACCCUGUAGCUGAGAAGGUGUAUUAAGUAACAAGUAAAAGUAUUUUUGGUCGUAUGUAUCUAAUUU